AAAGAUCUGUGCUGCCGCCACCUGCAGCAUAGGUCAGAGAUGCAGCACAGAUCUGGAUCCAGUGUUGCUGUGGCUGUGGCGCAGCCCUGCAGCUGCAGCUCAGACUGAUUUGACGCCUACCCCUUCAAUCUUAAAAAGGAAAAAAAAAAAAAAAAAAAAAAAAAAGAGAAAAAAAAAAGAUCAAAUCACUUGAAAGGGGAAGACUGCCAAUCUGGACUUGUUCUUCUCCACAACAAUAUUAAAUGCGAGACAAUAAUGGCACCCGGAUAUCCUGGGGGGCAGUAUCUGGUACUGAGGCUCGCACCCCAUCUCCUCCUUGAAGUUAUAACAUUGGCAGGGGAAGGGGGUUGUUGCAGUCAAGAGUCAACAGACCCUCAGCCCUUGCUGGUGAGUUACUCUCCCACCCUCCCAACCCCUGCUGGUCCAGCUCAGCCCCUCCCACUCUCUAAGGCUUCUCUGGGGGGUGGGGGGUGGAUGGUUCUCACUGGGCCUGGUGGGGAGGGGCUGGGUUCCCUGCAUGGCUGAGGGAGCAGGGAGCAGAGGCCCGUUGUGCCGAGGGCAGAUCCUUGAUACUUCUUUUCUUUUGUCUUUUUAGGGUUGCACCCGUGGCAUAUGGAAGCUCCCAGGCUGGAGGGUGAAUUCGAGCUGCGGCUGCUGGCCUACGCCACAGCCACAAUAAGACUGGAUCCAAGCCAGGUCUGAGACCUAUACCACAGUUCACGGCAAUGCAAUGCCGGAUCCUAACCCACUGAGUAAAGCCAGGGAUUGAAUCUACGUCCUCAUCCUCACGCAUACGGGUUGAGUUCAUUAGCGCUGAGCCACACUGGGAACUCCAGCCUGAGGGAAUUCUAUGUACUCUUGCCUGCAAGCCUCGCCACUGGAAACAGAGGAUCUGAAAGUGCACUCAGAAGACAAACCCCUCACCCUCCACAACAGGGCUAUUCUCCAGAGCCCAUUCUUCAGCCUCAAGGCUGCCUGCCCCUCUGGCUGCAGUUCUCUUCUCUGGCACUGAGGCUGCCAGGAAUGAAAAGGGGAGGGGGAAGGAGUGGGAGGCAGGCCUGGGGGAGAGCUGGGACCCUGCAGGCUCCAGCCUGAGGACUCUCCUCUCGGCUUCUUUCCCCUGUUGUUGGUGCUUCUGCUCUGCCAGGUCCUAGGAGAGGAGGAAGGAAGCCUGCCUUACCCAUCCUUGGAUCAGGAGUGAGGAGGUGCCCCGGAGCUGCUAAAGGACAACGGCGGCUCGCCCACCCUCACCACUGCCUCUGCUCACAGCAGGAUGUGUGGCAGGUUCCUGAGGCGGCUGGUGGUGGAGGAGAGCCGGUACUCCACCCCUGUCGGGCGCCUCCUGCUGCCUGUGCUCCUGGCAUUCCGCCUGGUGCUGCUGGCCGCCGCUGGGCCUGGGGUCUAUGGCGACGAGCAGAGCGAAUUCGUGUGUCACACCCAGCAGCAGGGCUGCAAGGCUGCCUGCUAUGAUGCCUUCCACCCUCUCUCCCCGCUGCGCUUCUGGGCCUUCCAGGUCACCCUGGUGGCUGUGCCCAGCGCCCUCUACAUGGGGCUCCUUCUGUAUCACGUGAUCUGGCGCUGGGAAGAAUCAGAAAAGGGGAAGAAGGAAGAGGAGACCCUGACCUGCCAAGCGGGGGAGAGGGGAGAUGCCUUGGGGGCUGCAAGCCCCUGGCUGCUCUGGGCCUACCUGGCACAGCUGGGGGUGCGGCUGGCCCUGGAGGGGGCGGCCUUGGGGGGGCAGUACCAUCUGUACGGGUUCAGGAUGCCCAGCUCUGUCACCUGCCGGCGGGAGCCGUGCCUCGGCAGUAUCAGCUGUACGCUGCCUCGCCCCUCUGAGAAGACCAUCUUCCUAAGGACCAUGUUUGGGACCACCGGGCUCUGUCUUCUGUUCACUCUUUGGGAGCUGGUGCUCCUGGGCCUGGGGAGAUUGUGGAAGGCCUGGAAGCACAGGUCUCCCUCUUCUAACUACUCCCCAACUUCAGGGAGCUCCAAAAGGCACAAGGAACCAACUGGUACCUCCCCGGCAGUGGGGACCAAAGAACAGCCUCGAGAAGCAGGUGCAAGGGGCGCUGAUGUGCCUCCUUCUACCUGCCCCUGACGAA